UCGAUUUAAAGAGGAUCGAUCCCCCCCUCUACCCUCAUACCCUGCGUUGGAGACGCGAGGCGGCGGCGGCGGCGAUGGCUCAGCGACUCGGGGCCCUCCGGGCUUCGCGGGGGCUCCUCACGCUGCUCCUCACGCUGAUGAUGCCGCUGGCGACAGUCGAAGCCUCCAAGCCCGUGCUCAUCGUGCACGGUCUCUUCGACGACCCCGAUCACCUGCAGGCGCUGCGCGGCUACAUUGAGCAGGCCCACCCGGGCACCAACGUAACGGUGUUCAGCCUGUUCAACAACAUGGACAGCCUCAAGCCCCUGUGGAGCCAGGUGAAGGGCUUUGGAGCCAUGAUGGGUCCCAUUAUGCAAGAGGCUCCUGACGGCGUGCACAUCAUCUGCUAUUCCCAGGGGGGGUUGGUGUGCCGAGGGGUGCUGUCCAUAAUGCCGAACCAUAACGUGGACACCUUCAUCUCCCUCUCCUCGCCGCAAGCCGGGCAGUACGGAGACACCAACUACCUGUGGUGGCUCUUCCCGAAGUACGUCAAGUCCACACUCUUCCACUUCUGCUACACGGAGCUGGGCCAGGACGUCUCCAUCUGCAACUACUGGAAAGAUCCACACCACCUGGGGGAGUAUCUCAACAACAGCCAGUUCCUGUCUUUUCUCAACAACGAGAGGGAGCACGCAAGUGCUGCCGAAUGGAAAAAAAACUUUCUGCGCAUCAACCGCUUGGUGCUGAUCGGCGGACCGGACGACGGUGUUAUCACGCCCUGGCAGUCCAGUCACUUUGGCUUCUAUGAUGGCAAUGAAACGGUGCAAGAAAUGAAGGACCAGGAGGUGUACCAGCGGGACAUGUUUGGGUUGCGGACUCUGGAUGAGCGAGGCGGGCUGACGGUGUACGAGGUACCAGGGGUGACGCACACCUCCUGGCAUUCAAAUCGCACCGUCUUCGACCGCUACAUCAGCAAGUGGCUCAGCUGAGCGAUUACACCUUCAUCAUCAGUAAUCGUCUUCCUCAUCAUCCUUAAUUAGUUCUAACUUUUAUUUUAACCCUUCUGAUCUAUUUUAUCCUUUGCAGUGUCUUCUUUUCAUUCAUGGUUUUACAAUCUCGACCGUUUUAACAGCAUUGUAGUGUGGCGUCCGCACUGUAGCAAUGAACAUUUGUAAUUGUUGAGAACAGUGAUUGGCAAUGAGGUUCGUGUGUGUGUGUGAUGUGACAUUACUGUGGACCCUUGGCAUGAAGUGUUUCAUGCUCAAUCGAUGGCAUGUUUAAUUCGCUUGCCGUCUCAAGUGCAAUUUUGGGACCAUGGUAUUGUCUGUACGUGCGUCGGUCAUUGUACCGUGUUGUACCGUGUCAUGAAGAACUAUCACUACAUCGCAAUGCUUAUCACAGUCUCCAACGCACAUCUGAUUAGCACGUAUGGUGCGAAAGAAGUUCAACAUACAUAUAUCUGAGAAUGCAUCUCAUACACUAUUUUAUUUUUAAAUUGCAUGUUUAUUAUUUACCGGGUAAGGCCUAUUGAGCUAUAGAGCUCUUUUUCAGAAGGGACCUGGCCACAGGUCAACAAAAUGGCUUCUCGUGUGGAACAUUUUCACAGCCAAUUACUCGAAAAACUUGUUUCUAAGUCUCAUUGCUUCUGACCUGGAUAGAUACAGUACAUGGGCAAGUCACUAUGAAAGCCACAUUUACUAAGUUCACACUUGUGAGCUUAGUCUCAUAACAGGAAAGCUGAAUCGGCAAUCAUCUGGGCCAAACUGUUCAAUAUCUGACUUAGUUUUGAUGCUAAUGGUGGUUUAGACAAAUUAUGUGUACAUGCUUUGGCAUGUAUGUGGUACGUGGUUGAUUUGGGGCAGCAUGGUGGUGCAGUGGUAACACUUGUGCCUCACGACCGAGGUUCAAUUCCUUACUCUGUGCAGUUUGUAUGUUCUCCCCCUGUUUGGCAUGAGUUUCCUCCCAUAGCUAAAAUAAACAUGCAUAAACAACUGGAAUUGAGCAAACAUGGCAAUGAUAAAUAACAAACCAAAAAUGACCUGCAAAUUACUUAACUGGGAUUACACAUAGCAACAUACCCCCUACUGUGAAAAUUCGGCAUAAUUCCUGGAAGUGAAACCCGAUACUCAGUGAUGCUUUCCUGGGUAAAAAAAACCUUAUAAAUAAAUAAUCCAUUACACAAGAGCACUUACAUAGCUGACAAAAUUGGCUGUUUUUUUGUCGUCCAAAGUUAUGAUGUUUAGGAUUUCAAAUGUGUGGUUGGUGAUAUUUAUUAAAAUUAGAGCUCAAAUUGCACUUUAAGGAAUGGCUUUUAUGUCCAUUUUAUGUCUCCAUCAAUACCCAUGGGAUGAAUUGUCAAGGCGAUGCGUUUUAACCGUUUUUGAGAAGAUGACAAAACCUGGCACACUGUGUCUAACUUGUGAAGGUCAAAUUUGUCUUGUGUUAAGCCCACGCAUAACAGCCGAGUCACGCAAGCCAGCCCUUCCUAAAUGAAUGUGAGCAAAGCCUUUUAAAAUGACUCGCAGUCCAGUAUGUUCAUAUACCUAGAGAAAGAAAAAAAACAUUAGAGGAGCUGGAUUAACUGAAUUGGCAGUUGUGGACAAUUGAAAUCAAUUAACAUUUACUUGUACAGAAUUGAGUCAGUCCACUGCUAGAUGAGGGCCUCUCUAUGUCCUCUGCAGACAGUGCUGGUUAGUGAAGGUGGGGAGCAGCUGCAGGAGCUUAGCAACAGUGGAUUUUCUGCACUGCCCUCCAUGUAACACCACAGCCUGUAACAAACUGCAGUGAACGGUGGUUGCCCGUCCAAGCACUAUCCAGGCUCAUCGACUCUGCUUAGCUUCUUAGGUUUGACGAGAUCGGGCACAGUCUGGGUGAGUUGGCCAUAGGCAAAUUAAUGUGAUAGCUUUAAAUGUUAUCAGUUCAUUUUUUUUCAGUGACAGGCAGAAGCCCCUGUGAGCAGCAAAUGAACCAAGUUGAACGUUUCCGCUGAGUCUUGAUGGAAUCAUGAGACAAGGUCCAUCAUGUUCUUGGGUAUUUAUAUUUGCUUCAUUGCCCUUUCUCUGUUAAUUAUUAACCGGCCACUCAUAAAGCAGUAGCACAAUUUAUUGUCGUUUUUAUACCACCAAGUGUCUUUGCAAUGCGGGUCACUAAGAUAGGGUCUUGGGGGUUCCAUUUCAUCAGUUUUCAUUCCAUCACUUCCUGCAUGGCACUUUUGUUCCAUGUCCGCUCGCUGACGGAUGCAUUUUCAUUUCACUGCACAAAUGUUCUUGCAUACAGCAACUCGUGAGUGAUCGCCAAAGCAGAGACUCAAUGGGAAGCUUGAACGGAUGAUGUCUUCAACACCCCUCCGCUGAAUUUGACCCGAGGUUCACAAUGGUUCACGAUGUGGGCCACGGUCUAGUCAGGGUUUUUUCCACGGUCGCAUGCUGCCGGGCUUUCUACUCAAAUAGCUGGUGGCCGCGUCUGGUCUUGAGCGGUGCAGAUUCGGUUCAGAUUUUACUGCACUAAUUUCAUUUAAUUCACAGCUCCCUUGUCCCCACUGCUGGCUGAAAGCCUCCCCCACACCACUUCGGUCACGGGGGGGGGGGGGGAGGGGAUUAUUUGACCAUACUUCACGAUGCUGGUCAGCGUGGGAUGAAGGUUAGAGGCAUAGAUGUUGAGGGCACAGGACAGUGCGACGAUGGAUUUUACUGCACUGCCCCGCGCUAUCCGCCAAAUGCAUAGCCUCCCAAUGCAGUAGAAAUGCAAUUGCACCUAAAUUGGAGUAUGACUGCGUUGACUUGGAAAGCUGGCCCAACAUUUUAAUACAGAGGCUUUUCACACUGGCCGAAUGUUUUACCUCAGACACGGUGAUUUGCAGCUGGAAGUUAAUUUUUUUCUUGCUUUCCUUUAUAUGAACCCAAAUUAGGCCAUGUGUCUGCUGUACGUUAGCAUCAUUCUUAGAGCCGAUGGUGAUUUUUAUGGGACUGGUGAAUACGUUUGAAUAAGUUUUCUUGAAAAAAAACGUACAAUUAAUUCUGUAGACCCAAAUAAUCACUCAGAUCGGAUGCUAAUUUCUACGAAGUUUUAGAGCAAAUCGCCAAACGGAGCUUAAAUGACGAUUCGAUAUUUGGGUUAUUUGCACCAAAAAUGUCAAGUAUUGUUUACAAUAAAACGAUUAUUUAACUUCUGUAAUUUUCCCCGUCCACGAGUAAUGUUUCGAGCACAGUUUUUAAAGUCGUCGCAUGUUUUAAAUUGGGCAAAUUUCUUAUGGAGGGAAAUGCAAAGUUGAACCUUUGUCAGUUUUUACAGGAAUAGUGGAAAAUGCGUUCGCAAAAAGAUCGCAACAAUUUACGGAAGAGCUCUAUUCGUAUUUUUGAAACAUUUCUCAACGUUGAACAAAAGCGUUGUUUAUAUAUAAACUAUUUUUAAGGAAGGAAACUUGUUUUAUAUCUUAAAAAUGCCAGUUUUAGCAAUAAAUCAGUCAAAACAUUUAACAUCUUAUCAAUGCAAAUUUGGAAACUACGGAUAACGUUGGCUGCUGACGGAAGCGUUGACUAUUGUGAAAGCAGACAGGUGAGUUGUACGCAAACAGUUGUUAACCAUGUGCCUUUAUUGAGCUCCGUGUGCAGCCGUGUGAUGUGUGAGAAAUGUUUGCGCGCUCACAUUUUUGCCCGUGUUCCGCUCUGGAGAGGCGCUGCAAAUGCCAGCACUACAGUGUGUCCUUUAAAUACCACCGGGCUAAUUCAGGGGCCCGGGGUGCGCCAGUCGAUUUGUCCUCUCAACAAAACUCAGACGAUUCAUUGUAGAUGUUUGAGUUAAGCCACGUAAUAAUCUGGCCAUUUUGGUUGUUACCACGUAACUCUCCAGCCACCCGACAGAGCGAAACAAAUCAAGUUGUCACGUGUAACGAGGAGUUUAAAAACCCGCAAUAUAUCCAGGUUGGACCAUUUACAGUUUGUAAUAUUAUUGAUAUUGCUGGAAUCAACCGCAGAAAAUCAACUGGCAGAUUUCGGAACGCACGACAUAAUGCUUACAGUAGUGACUGUGCAGUGCUAAACUGGGACUCCCUGAUAUCCCCCCCCCCCCUCGCCGCAUAGAGACACGCGCUGAACAACAAGCUACUACAUUUUUGAGCUCUGGGAGAGAGAGCGAUUGAAAAUAUUUCAUUUGGAGUUCCCCAAAAAUUCCCCGCUAUAUACGGGUCAAUAUUUAUAUAUGCCCACGUUUAUUUCAAGGACAUACUGUGUAAAGUGGCUAAAAAGUGAGAAGGGGGGGCGCACACACACACGUCACAAUGGGGAUGUAGAGCAGACAGUUUAUGAUAUGAGUAUGCAUGCCACCACGACAUAGCACUGCGAGGGUCGCCAAGAUAUUUUUUUGUUCUAAGCACCGUAUACAGAGAACAAUGCUUUCGACCCAGUGUAACAGGUGAAUUACAGAGCAUUUAUAUAUGUCUAUAACGGGUGAUCGCACGUCACAGUUAACAAAUUAAAGUUAAUGACAGGGUUAUCGGUACAUUUUCUCGGUGCUCUCUACAUGAUCUGUUUGCCUGUGGCACUGUUUUUGUUAAGGCAGGGCAUGCUUGUACUAGCACCGCCCCACAGCGUAGUCAACGAUGCAGCCUAAAUAACCAUUAAAAAACUAAAUUCUAGCAGAUACGUCAGUUGCCAGUGCUGGCACCUGGCACUGACCCGACUGAACCCUGACUCAGACACCUCACCAGCAGCGCCCCUUUUCAACUUUUUGUUCGCUUGUAAGUUUUUUGCUGUUGUUGGCAGCGCCCCCCCCCCCGCCGCGUGUGUACGAGCUCAGGAACUACGCCGCUAAAGGUCGCACAAAACUGUGGCCUCUCGUGUUUGCACCGUGAUUUUGAAACGGACUGCGACAGCGCGCAUCCUUUGGCACCGUUUGAAUCCACCUUGUUGUCAAGGCAUCAUUCGGGAAAUGUAGAUUGUAUUCGCGAUUUGGCUACGCUUAAAGCAGUGCACAAUUAAAAUGAGUGCAAGUGACCGAGUGGCUCGUGAUCGAAUAUCGUGUCGGAGUAUCGAGCCAGCACUGUCGAGGUCCCUGGGUUCAAAUCUGGGCAGCCACCCCCAUGAUUGUUAAGUAAACCAGGUUCUCAAAUGUGGCGAGUUGAUCAUUUCUGCCUGGUCACCAGUGACUGCACAAUUAAACAACCAUAUUAAGUUUGGUUGUUAAUUUUUAACCCUCUCGUGUAUCGUAUCAGCCGUGGUGACCGCUUUGAAAUUCAACAAAACACUUCGAAAAUAUUUUUGGGGGCUUUCUUUUGACUCCUAAAAUGACAUUGUACCAAAGUUGGUUUGGGUUUCCUUUCAAUAAUCCACACGUGACGACUGAAUUGUUUUCCUUUUUAAUUGCCGUGUGACAAACACCUCCACUGCAGGGCAUGGUGGUGGAGAAGGUGACCACCGUCUAGUGUGGCUGAGUCCACCUAGGGGAGGCCCAGGACCGGUUCACAUAUUCCGUCACACACUCGCACAGCCUCACACUUGCACAUGUCGUCACCCUCUCACUCUCACACCCUAUCACUCUCUCACUGCCAUUUGCCCCCUGCGGAAAUUAUCGCGGCAUCGAAAAGUGGCGGGUCCGCACGGUGUUUGGGGGUUGUGAGAAGCGCCGCCAUGGCAUAGCGUUACGUGCAUCUCGACGCACAACGCCCCGCAGUCUUUGAACCGAAACUAUUUUGCUGAUUUUUUACCACAAGCUGAUUUUACCAUCGGCGAAUACUGAUGAUCUAUUGUGGAUUCACAUUUGGGAAGAGGAUGAAGGGAAAUGUUUGUCGUGUGUGUGUGUGGGGUUUAUGGCCGUCUUCGUUGAUCACGUGUGGUUACUCAAUGCACGUCUGAAAAUGUGUUCACGGCGUGUUGUAAUCUGGGAAUUAAUUCGGGCGAGGCGAUUUGUUUUGUGUUCUUUGUCUGUACGUUAAUUUAAAAAAAAAUUGUGGAUGUGAAAGAGGAGAGUGAAAAUACGGAGAAGAGAGCUUGGAUGAAUUAAACUUUCAAAGCGUCUUUUGUGAAAUCUCGCACCGUGUCUUGAUGUUGCGUUAAAUUCCCCGUUGUCUUGUUGUGGACAACACGUGAGCACAGUUGGCUACGUAAGGCUGCAAAAUAAGUUAAACGCACAUUCACACAAACGCCGUUUCAAGCCAGGUCGUGAGAUCUCCACUCGCUUGUUUUACGGCCACUAUUUGCUUUUUCACUCGACCUCCAUGUGAAUAACCGUCACUUCUCUUGCAUGCAGAGUUUUAGAUUUGUUCCUAAAAAAAAUUGUUAUUCACAGAUUUUCUGCCUUCAAAUAAAUGGAAAAAAUAAUGGAUUUUCGUUCACCUUUAUUCAUUUGUGGAACCCCGCGGAGUAUUUUACAGGAAAUGAAACAAGAUUUUGUAGUGCGUUAAAUUGCACAGAAUCCGCUGUUGGAUGACGGCCUCCCCACACUGUGGGUCAUGGGAGGUUAUUUGACCAUACUUCACACACAGGUUAGUUUGGGUCAGUGAAGGGGGAUACCAGGCCAAGUUCAGAUACCGCUCGACCAUGAAUGGUCGAGCGGUAUCUGUGGUUCAUGGUGCAGUGAGCUCAACACUUAUUACAUUGAUUCCCAUUAUUUCAUAAAGUGUACAGUCUGUUAUAUAACGCUGCGUGUUUUCAUGACACGAAUUUAAUAUAACGCGAUUUGAGUGAACGGAACGAGGUCGCGCGAGUAGGAAUAAGCGGUCGUACGGCUGCUCGGCAUAGCAUCACACGGCGGGAUGGAUGCUUCUAGAUGCUACCCACGUGCCUCAGUCUUCGACCUGCUUACGCAUCUCACGUGUUACCGCAGACUGAGCUUAACCCGACAUCAUUCAUGAACAUCGCGUAAUAGGAGAACAGACUGUAUAUUCAUUUAAAAAAUAUAUAUAUUUUCACACAACUUCACAGUGUGUAUUGUGAGCUCAAGAAUAAAGUAUUGAUGCGUCGUUACAUGCCCACCGACUGGCGUGAGCAAGACGCCUUCAUCAUCAGCCAUGAUCCAUCCACUGCUGGAUUAAGGCUUCCAGAUGUAAAAUGUCCCAUGAUGCAUCAACGUACAGUAGUUGCUGCCCGCAAGCUAAUUUAAUCGCUCCAUCUUCCCUAUGGCUGCCAAUCUUGACGGUAACCUUUGACCACCGCCCAUCAUUCCUAAAAGCAAUGUAUCAUGCCCAAGCACACAGUAUUUUUAACAUUCAGCAUGGUGUGUCUAACUUGGCAUAUGCUAUUCUGUGGUUCUUUCGGUAAAGUCCCGUAGGUAUAAAAUAAUAAAAAUAAACAAAACCGUUCAUGUAGACUGUAGCCUGGUUCUUAAUCGGAGUGAGUGUACAGGCAGUCUAUAAUGUAGACUGUAGCCUUGGCUCCCUAAUCCAUGCGCACCUCUUUCUGCCUCCGUGUAAUUCUAUGCGUGCGCUUCUCCGUGCUUCUCACUUUCAGCUUGUUCUAUUUUCUUUGUCACUGUUCAUGUUUUUGAUCCACGCCAAAGCAUGCCAAGUUGCACUUAAUAAAAGCAAUUCAACCAAA